GAAAAAUCGUUAAUACGUUUGUGUUAUAUAUAUAUUUUUUUAUCUUUUAUUGUGAAAUGCCCUUUUCAAUUUAGGAGAUAUUAUUUCUACCGUUUGGAGCUAUUAAAAUGUAUAAUAGAGAGAAUCGGCCUUUUGUGAAUCCUAAAGCUGUUGAGCUUAGGUCAACUAGAAUGAGUACAAGAAAAAGAAUGCAACUUAGCAAGCAAAAAGUGGUUGAAGAAACCGAAUUGAAUAGUGAUGUUUCUACCGAACAUCCGGAAGCAACCACAGAUAUAAAUACCGACUCUUCAAAUAAAACUCCUAAUAGAGAAACAUCACAGCACCAACGACAACAAACUUCAACGCUCAGAGAACAACAACAAAUGAAUACACCACAAAAACGACAACUGUUGACAACGCCUCUACAACAACAAAAGCAAGAUUAUUCUCCUCAACAAAGUCGUAGUUCUUCAAAAUCUGAAAUAUCGGAGCAAAGAAUAAGAAAAGCUGGUGGCCGUAUACCAUUUUCAAUGUCAGAUGAAAAUGAACUACUUGAAUUCUUGCUUAAUCAAUCAAAGCACCUUCGUGGUAAUAAAAUUUAUGAGCAAUUAGCUAAACAAAAUCCGCGUCAUACCGCUCAAUCUUGGCGUGAUCAUGCUUUAGAAAAAUAUAUUGACAAACCUCAUUUUGUUAAAGAAUGGGAAAAAAAAUGGUUGCCUAAUAAUGAUUCGGGGGAGACUUCUACUGAUAUUACGAAUAAGACAGUUGAAGCUGAUAGAACUAACAAGGAAAAAGAAGUUAGCAAUAAUAAAGAACAAAUUAACGUAGAGGGAUCAUUAGAUUUCUUUGAUUUGGAAUCUGAUGAUGCCGCUGCUGAAGCUUUGAUACUGGGACAAUCUACCGUUCAAGAAAAAGAACGUGUAUCAGACGAAGAGGAGGAAGAAGAACUACCACCUCUCGAAGCAAAAGUUAAUGAUCAUCAGAACGAAAGAAAUUAUUCUAAAGGUAGUGAAAAUAAUGUUGGAAUAGACGAUGAUUAUCUUACCGUUCAUGAUGAAUUGAAUGAAUCAUCAGAGGAUUGUUACUCUGUAUCGGAAGAUUCAGGAAUUGAAAAUGGAUUACUAAUUUCAGGUAAAACUGGUCAAGCAUUAAGACAACAAGAUACAGAAAAAGAAAUACAAAGGCAAGAUACGCUCGAUUCUGAUGUUGGACCAAAACAAAAAGGUAAAAGAGUUCGACAAGAUAGCGAUGAUGAAGAUGAAGAUUAUGAAGAUGAUACUACUGAAAAACAAUGGAAUAUAACACCUAUUAGUCAAUCAAAAGAAAAAGAAUUCCUUUUUAAUGAGCAACAAUCCUUGAUGGAUAUUAAUCAACUAGUAAAAGAAACUCGUAGACCAAAAGAAAUUUGUAAGGUUGCAUUACAGAUGUCAACUUAUCAUUACGAUAUAGCCAGGGAAUUAUUAUUGUUUGGUCUUAGAAAUGAAAUCUAUUCAAAAAUUUGGACUGAUGAAGAGGAUGAGCAGUUAUUAAAAUAUCAAGAAGAUGUAGUUAAUUUAAAUAAAAUUAUUGAUAAACAUAAUAUUGAAUCAACUAGAGAACGUUUAUCUUAUCUCAAGAAAAGAAAAGAAAAAAAUAUUUAAAGAUGAAGAGAAUUUUUUUAUUUAUGGUUUUUGUGUAGAUGCAUAUUAAAAAAGGGUUUAAAUAAAAUAUUUAUUAU